UUCCAGUAUUCGGAGUAUUCCACCAUGAUUGACGAUCGUGACGAUUGGUGACUGCGAAGCGGUUAGAAGAGGUAAAAGUGAUUUAUCGUUUGCUAUAAAAUAAAAAAGUGAUAGCAGUCAAUAGCGCAAAUGUGGUAUUUGCUGGAAAGGAUUCCAUAUUUUAAUCUAGGAGUAUAAGAACACUGGUUGCACUGCCCGAUUGAUUCAAUAUUGAUAAAUAAUUCGUACAACAUGGAAGUGGUCGAGGAGAACGUGCAUAACAUUCUUCUUGAGAUUGCGAAUGAGAAAGAGCUAACACAAAUCCCGAGAGAGUUAGUGAGGAAGAUCAAUGUAUACUUUAAUAAUAGAUUCGAGGAAUUCAUUACCGCCAAGGCGGUUUUCGAGACGAACCGAAAAUGCUUGGAGCAAAAUUUGGAGAAGGCACAGAAAGAAGUUGCAGAACAGAAGUUGGAUCUUGAAGAACAUAAAGCAAAGUUAGAAUUCACGGAAAAGAGCAAUACAGAAAUUUGUAGCAAUUUUGAGGAAGUGAAAAUAGAAGUACACCGAUUACAGGAAUCUGUCAAACGAUUAGAGAAGGAAAAUGGUGAAUUACGCAGACAGAGAGAUACAGCCACAGAUGAGGCAAGUGCAUUGCAGUUACAAGUUGAAAGGCGAGAUACUGAGAUUGAAAGAAUGCGUAUUGAAUUAUCAUCUUUAAGCAGUCAGCUUCAAACUGCGAUUGCAACCAAGUGUCAAACUCUGGCUGAGACUGAGGAAAUUCGUAGUCGAGAAAUGACCUUGGACUUCAAAGAGAAACGAUUGGAGCAAGAACGAGUGCUUCUCUCCCAACAAAUAGCAGGUCUCGAAGAAGAGUUAGCAAGGAGGACCUCUGAACUUCAGACAGCAAGAUCUGAGGCCUCUGCCAGAGCUCUUUUAAUUGAUACUAAAUUAUCCCAGCGUGAAGAAGAAUUGCGAAUAGCCAAUGAAGUCAAUUCUCAACUGCGAGAAUCUGUUUCUUCUCUUCAAAAGCAAUCCGAUGAACUGGCUCAGAAGGUGGAACAGCAACGUGCCCACGAAAUAGCAAUAAACGAUUCCUACCAAAAAGAAAUCAAUGCACAGAAAAAUCUAACUAGCUUAUACGAGUCGAUGAAGGAUGAUGCCAAUGCUAAAGCCGAGGCACUUUCUAAUGCAGCGAGCGAAUUACAAAAACUUGUGGAUAGUACUGCAGAAGAAUACGGAAUCUUAGAGACAAAGUACAAUCACUUACUGGUUCAGCACAAACAAGAUAUUGAUGAUAAAGAGCAAAAUAUCCAGGAAUUGACAAAAGAGUUAGAAAAUGCUAAUGAAUUGCUGAAAAAUAUUCAACAAGAGAAAUUAAAUCAAGCGGUAGAACAAUUGGCACCGGCAGCAGCUGUAACCAGUCGAGUAUUACGAAAAGGUUUAAGCCUUACACAGAUUUAUACCCAACUAGUUGAAGUUACCAAUGACUUAAACGUGGAGCGUGAAGAAAACGAACGUUUGAAGUCUCAGAUGGAUGUAAUUCUUCGCGAAUUGGAGCAAAAGGCGCCGUUACUGCAGCAACAGCGUCAAGAUUAUGAAACAGCUAUGGCGAAUAUUACGACGCUAACAAACAGGCUGGACGAUCUCCUGGCAGAAAAUCAACGUCUUCAUGAAAAUUCUGAUGAGGCUAAUCGUCUUUCCAAACAUCACUCCACAGAAAAUCAGAGGCUGAAAACUGAAUUGUCUGACUUAGCUAGACAAGUAUGUUAUCUGCUUAAAGAAGUCCAAGAAAGUCGCACCAGCACUCGCAUGGAAACUGGAAAUUUGUCUUCUUCUAUAGACACAGAUGACAUCUCGUCAUCGCAAAUUAUUAGUAAAAAGUUGGUGACGUUUAAAGAUAUCGAAGAACUGCAGGAGAAUAAUCAGAAGCUCUUAGCAAUUGUUCGCGCAUUAUCAUCCAGACAAGAAGAAAUGGAGCGAGCCACCGAUGAAAUAAAUUCAGGCGAGAUGAAGGAGAAACUGGAUCGUUAUAUGGAACAAUUAACAGAGAUGCAGGCUGCGCAAGAUAGGCAGUCGAAGAUGUUGGACGGUCUCUUAAAGCAGAAAGACAUGUACAAAAACAUGUACCAACAGAUGAAGAAUUCCAAUGAAAAGAGAAAAGAUGAAGUGGACAAAGAUAUUGAAGAAGGCAAAUUAGAUGAGGAGUUAAAAACAACAAAAAAUGAUGAAGAAAAAGAAAAGUUACUCAAGAAAUUAAAAGAGACUGAAGAUCAGUUUAAACAUGUUUCAGAUGAAUACGAGAUAUAUCGCAAAGAACGAACUGCGCAUGAAAAGAUGUUGAGCGAAGAAGUUGAAAGACUUAGAAAAGAGGCAGAAUCGAAUUCGGCAAGGUGUUGCAGACUGAAAGCGCAGUUGGACUCGGCGAAUGACAGAUUCUCACUUUUGCAAGGUAAUGUCGCUUCAUACAAGUCCCAGAUCAAGGCACUUGAGGAGAAAUGUACCAAUUAUAACAUCACUAUUAGCAAACAUGAACAAAGUAUUAUGAUACUGAAAGAUGAGACGCUUUCCGCUCAAACUCGCUUAUCUCGAGCUGAAGUUCAACUAGAAAAUAUUCGUCAGGAACGUCAACUUUUGUGGGAUACUGAGGGACGUCUUCUAAAAGAACGGGAGGUUUACCAAAGAGAAAGACAAACUCAAGCAUUGCUUAAGGCAGAUAUGGAAUCUAUUAAAGCCAGUCUGGAGCGAGUCCAGGCUGAAGGACAGCUUAGGGCCGAGCAGAGGCUCGAUGACGCCAACAGGGAAUGUGCUGCUCUUCGACGUCGUCUUCAAGAAGAACAGGAUCGCUUCAGAGAAUUGGCGGCUCAUUUAGAGAGACAGUUUACGAUUGCUCAAGAAAGACUGAAAGAAGAACGCGAAUUAAGUGAGAGAUUGAGAGUCGAGUUGGAUCAAGUAAGAGAGACUGAAACUCAAAAUAGUCAAAAAAUUGAUCAGUUAAACAAUAAAUUGAGACAAGCAGCUGCCCAUUCCAUCGCUAAACCCUUGACAGGCGAUGAAGGUCUUGUGAAGAGAGUAAAGGAGUUGGAAAUACAACUGAGUACCUCUCAGGUUGAAGUAAAUUCGCUCUCCGAACAAUUAAAGGCAGCUAGACAACAAAGUCAGCAGUAUUGUGACAUUGCAGAAAGCGCUGAAACACAGUUGAGAGAGUUGACAACCGAAUGUAACAAACACAAAGAAGAGCUGGAGAAUGCUCUUAAAGAAUCGCGUGUGGAGAUCAUUUCAUUACAAAAAAGAGUGAAAGAACUAGGUGAUGAUCUGGUGAAGAUAUCAAAUGGUAGACAAGAAACCGAUUCGGAAUUAAGGGAUAGAUUGGCUGAAGCUGAGAGAAAAGUCGAAGAACUCGAUGAGUUGAAGAGUGAAUUGGAGUUGUUAAAAACAGAUCUGAAAUCUGCCUCUGUCACGGUCAAAGAAGCAGAAGACAAAUACACGAGAGAAAUGCUGCAGCAUUCGUCUGAUUUGCAGAUUUUGUCAAAAUUGAAAGAAGACACUCAACAAGUUCAACAGCGAUUUGAUGUUUUGACUGUAGAACGAAAUGCUGCAGUGCAAGCUCUGGAAGCUGAAAAAUUGGCCUCAAAACAGAGAGAACAGAAGCUUGUGAAUGAGGUCGAAGAAACUCAAAAGAGAAUUAUAGAUCUGGAUACGCAGAAUGCACUUCUGCAUAAUCAGAUUCAGGAAUUGGGUGACCGAGUAGCCAUCAUGCAGAGUCAGCAGACAAUAAUUAGCGGAAGAGAUAGUCCUGAUACUAGUCUGGAAGCUCUAAAUAAGAGUUUUAGCUCUUUGGAGGAAGAUUCCAAAUCAGUUGAACAAUUACUGAGAGUAAUGAAAUAUUUAAGAAGAGAGAAGGAUUUGUCCUUGGCCAAAACCGAUGUUCUUAGAGCUGAAAAUCUGAGAUUAAAAUCACAAGUUGAGGUAAUAGAGAAGCGGUUGAAGGAAACUGAAACUUUACUGAAUUCUGAACGAGAAAAGUCCGAGAUUAAUGUAAUGACCACAUCCAAACAUGCCGAAUUACUGCGCAAGGUGGAGACCUUAAACGCCAUAACGGAUUCUAAUCGAAUCCUCAGGGAAGAAAGAGAUAGUCUUAGUAUGAAAGUCAACGAACUUACAACUAAAGUGAACUCUUUAUCGGAAGAAGUAGUACCUCUUCGAGAUAUAUCCAGAGAUUUAACAGCCAAAACAGAAGCUUUGAUAGAAGAAAACACUAGCUUGAAAGGCGAGGCAACCAGAUGGAGGCAAAGAGCAAAUACGUUAUUGGAAAGAGCGAAUAAGGCCAGCCCUGAAGACUGGCGACGACUUCAAACUGAAAGAGAGAACUUGAGCAAAUUGUUGACGUCAGAGAGGGAAACUCAUGCAAAGAGAUCUGAGGAAUUUAAUCAAGUGAAAAUAGAGAAGGCAAAACUCGAGGAACAACUAACGCAAUUGCAAAGACAGAUGCAAACCCAAGAUGAACAUGUGUCGCGAGCAUCAGAAGAAGUUCGCAAAUUAGGUCAGGAGCUUAACGAGGCACUAGCCGAUUCUACAUCGAAGACAAAGGAUUUGGCAUCCCUUAGAAAGGAGCUAAGCGAUAAGGAUGUCGUUCUUAAUGACAUUAGAAACAAGGAAAUUCAGAUCCGCAAAAUAGCUAAAAAGUAUAAAACGCAAUUUGAGGAACUCGCGAAAAGCGUCGAGGAAGAGAAGAAUCGCAAUGAGGAAACUAGAAACGAGAAUGCUUCUGGUGUGACAACACAAGAACGUGAAGAUCAACUGCGAGAGGAAGGACGCCAGGAGCUUCGCCAAGCGAACAUCGAGCUCACGACAAAGAUAGAUGAAGCAACUCGCCAAAUGGUAGUGGCUCAAAGUGAAGCUGAUAAUCUGAAAAAGGAAAUCGAGGCCAUGAAUCGCAGCAGCAUAGAAAAAGAAGACAGGGCGAAACAGGUGCUGAAGGGUGCAAGAACGAAGAUUAUGCAAUUGACAGAGUCCAAGAAGAUCUGCGAGAAAGAAUUAUUGGAUUUAAAAUCCAGGAUAGAAUCUGUGGGAGGCAGUACCGGAGUUCAAGGAGAUUCUGAUACAGAGCACGAUGCACGAAUAGUGGCACUGAAAUCGCAAAUGGAAGGUCGGAUAUCUAGAUUGGAGCACGAGAAAUCCGAGAUACAGGCAGAAAAGGAAGCACUUUUGCAGCGGGUUGCUCAACUUCAAAGACAGUUAUCGGGAGUAAGCGGGGUAAGUGCGACUACGGAGCCACCAACAGCGAACAUUAAACCGAUGUCUGCCAGAGCAGAAACACCAUUGGCCAGCAUUAGGCCAAUGAGUGUGGUGGUGCAGUCGCGGACAGCUGCCGUCUUACCAACUACAGCUGGUGCGCCGGUUAUGGUUGCACCGCAUCAAAUGCAGCAACAACAGGUAGUGCAUACUACCGAGACGAGCUCACCGACUAGCAGUCUGACCGACUUCCAACCGGCAAGUACUAGUACUUCACAAAGUGCACAAACCAGUAGUCUUCGUCAGUUGGUGGUACAACCGCAAUUAAGUGAAUCGGCGGAAUCGACACAGAGAGAAGACCCAGAAAGUGCGGAAACACUUAAUUUGCAACCGCAACAGCAACAAUGCCAGCAGCAGCAGCAACAACAGCAACAAACAGUAGCACUAGUGAGUCCCAGAGUGGAACAGCAGCAACAACAGCAACAGAUUACUGUCAGUGAUCAGCAACAAACAGUGGCGAGCAGCUCCACGCAAUCGGUCAGUACUUCUCAAGCUUCUACGGGACUUAAAAGACCUCGAGGCCGAGAUUCAACUGCUUCUGGUUCUGGGAUAGUUGAAGGAUUGGACCAUGGCCGUCAAGAGCAAGUGCAAAGUCCAAAAACUAAGAGGAGCAGACAAGAUAUCAGUGCAACUGCGAGUGCCAGCGCUUCGGAAGUGGAAUAUCAGGUACCCACGUCAAGUCAGAGAGAUCAAGAUGAAGAAGUAGAAGAAGGAUGUGUAGUAGUGGUGGACUGUGAUGAAGGUGAAGGUGCAGGCAAUCAUCAAACACAGGAAGAGGAAGAAUUUGACAAUGAUACGUAUGAAGAGAUAGAGGAAGAAGAAGAAAUGCCUUAUGAAGUCGAAGUUGAGGUUGAACGAGAUAAUAAUGAAGUGGAAAUUAUUAUGGAGGAGGAUUCCACCAGUGUUGAAAUUUCUAGACAAGGUCAAGCCAUUAUUCCUGCAAAUCAGCAACAAUCUGAAGCCAUAAGUAGCGCUGGACCAACCGCUGAACCCGCCACGUCUUUCACAGCCAUGUCCUCUAGAGGAAUUGCACCCAUGCCUAGACAACAGCAACAACAACACCUUCUUUUGCCACAACAAGGCUACGAAGAUGGCGGUGACGACUGUAUAGUACCAAGUACUCCUACUCUCUUCGUUCCGCGUCGCGACGGUUUUGGUGAAGCUGUGAGUUCUCCACAGGUGCCGCAAGGGCGUUUCACUUUUGGAGACUCUUCGGCACCUACGACUGCUUCCUCAACACCGUCUUUGACAACACCUUCAGGUUCAAAUACUAGGAUUUUUGGUUCAACCAAUUCCACUGUUGUUCAGGAAAGUUUGGAUGAUAGUAGAAUGGACCUAGUACAGCUGGAGGAUGGCGGAACUGGUCGCAGUGUCCCCACGACACCUCUGCAGGUUUCCCCAGCUGCAGAUUUACCUCCUUCGACUAGUAGCAGCCAAUCUGAAGAACAAGAGAACACUGUUACACAUGUUGCUGUAACAGCCACUUCUGGAGAUAAUAGUGACGAUCCUAAUAUUCCCAGCAUACAUAUUGUUGGUAUUGAUGAUCAACAACGAGAUUCAACUGAAGCUACAGAAUCUAGCGCAACUCCAAGUGAAGGAGUAAGUUCGGAGGGUGAAAAGCGAGAGGAAGAACCAGUUUUAGCGUCUGGAGAGGAUGAUGCUGUAGAUACGAUCGAAGCAACAGAAGAGACAGGAAGCGAACUCGUUGAAGAAGAAGUCGAGGAAGAGAAUCGGGAAGCAGAAGCAUCGCCGUCUAGUAAUACACGACAAAGAACAUUGGCAGCAAGUCUGGCGGCUACGAGUGACGCCAAUAAUGGUAGAGGAAUGACAGUAAGGAGAUCACCGAGAUCACCCUUCACGCCGAGGGUGGCAAGAGGUGCGAGGCCUACACCGAUCGUGUGGGGAGAAACUCAGUCGGGUAGAGGACAACCUGUGAUGCGAGGACAUACGGCUAGAGGGGCUGCCAAUGAGGGAGGACGAGGACGAGGGACACGUGGCCGACGAAUGCGUUCGAAAUAUCCUUAUGCCCGAUACUCGUAAUCACACAGCAUCUUCUCUGCCUAGUGUACGUCUUAUAUUCGUCAGACAUUCUAUGUAGUUUUAUCGGAUACAAUUAUG